CACACACCAAAAAGGUUUCUGGGUUUUCCUCCUCCACUAGUCCACUCUAAUGGCUUCCGAAAUCCAUAUGUUCAGGCAAUCAUCCAUGAAAGCUGGAAACCUUGGGAAGUAUUACAUAAAUCCAUCUGAGAAAAUGAUGAACAUGGAAUCUGAAUGGAUAGCUUUAGAACAUGAAGAUGGUAUUGAGGUGAUUUUCUACAGGGAUGCUUUUAAGGGUAAUCCUAUUUCAGGAAAAAUAUACUACAAUCAGGCCAUUGGCGAUUCUGAAAACAAGGAUGACGUCGAGUACAGCUACAUAAUGAAUACUGAUUAUCUUGAUGCUAAGCAACUUAAGGGUGAGAUUUCAGAAGGGUAUUAUACGGUUUACAUUCCUAAAAUCAAAAGUUAAAAUAUAGUAUAAAGGAGGAGUACAUGCUGAGUAUUACUAGUACUAGUGUAAUAGAGAAGGUGUGGUUGUCUUGGUUUGUACAUGAAAAUUUCUUUCUAGUUUUUUUUUAGUUUUUUCCUAGGAUUUCUGGUUUUAGUUUCUAGGAGUUUUGAGACUGAUUUUGAGAGUGGUAUUUUGAUCAUCAGUGGGCAUAAUGAAAAAGA